AUGAGUUCAAACCCCCGAUCACGACGCCACGCCCUAGACCCCAGCACCUCAUCAUCCGUCAAAGCCUUCCUCGUACCCCAGACAGACUCCCGCAUCCCGCACGGCCCAGCCAACCAACCCCCAACCGACAAACUCCUCAAAACAGUCCCCACUUCCCUCCGCAACCGCGCCAAAUCGCUCCACGAACCUCAACCCCUGCCCUUCCGCUGGACCCUGCCACCCAACGCGCGCUUCCGCAUCGGCGACCCCGAAGCCUUCGCUGCUUUGCAGGUCAAGAAUAUAGAGUGGUAUGUAACUACCGGUCUACUAGUCGAAGACUUCACAGGUCUACGCUGGAACGCAGGAAGCUACACGUAUCUUCUGUAUUGGCAUGUCGAAGGCAUGCCAACGCCCGACGGGGUGGCGGAUGCGGGUAGGAAGUGGUUGAGUAUCAACCCAGGUUUCAUGCGGGAUUGGCAGAAGGAGAAGUGGGAGAGGGAGUUUGGGGAUGAGGUUCUAGUUGUGGAAGAUGAGCCUGCGACGCCGAUUGUUGAGCGAGAGGAUUUGGGGUCGGCCGCCUACGUCGAGUCGAGAGAGGUGUCUUCUUCCGGGAUCGAAAAGCGCGUUGAGGAGUAG